CGGUCCGUGAAUUAAGUUGUCCAUAGCUAAUGACUCUGAAAUUGUGAAUAAUUUUUCUUAUUGAAAUUAAUUUACAUGAAACAGUGAAAUAAGUAGUUUUCAGUGCAUGAUAUGGAUAUAAUGAAUUUUACGGAUAUUUACGAGAAAAAAAAUAAAUAUUUUUUGAGUGACAAAUUUAAUAUUUUUUAAUUAUUUUGUGUUGAAUGGACAGUGAAAUUUCCAAUUAAUAAAAAACAAACGUGAAUCAAGUUUAAAUUGACUAUACAUCUUAAGCAGUUCCAAUAACAACAACAGGUGAUUUCCAAGUGAACAAGUCAGUUUAUCAAACAUAAAAGCAGUGAAAAGCUAGUGAAUCUUAAAAAGAAUUAAAAAAAAAUAAAUAAAUUCAGUGAAAAAAGAGCCAGAAGAUGAGAAGAGAAAGAGAGAAAGGAUACGAUGAGUGAAAAUUGAUAAGACAAAAAUAAUAGCAGACGAAAAAGGCAAUAAAAAAUAAUUGAAUGUUCAUUAAAUUCUCUCUCAUUUCUUCAUCUUCAACCGCGAGAGUUGUUUAAAGCAUGAAAGAAUUGAAAAUUUUCAAGACUUGAUACUCGAAAUGAUGUGAUGAAGAUAAAAAAAUUAAAGUAAGAGAAAAUGUUACAAAAAUGGUUUAUAUGCAUAAUUUAUCGAGGGUGAUCAUCAGUGUAAUCAUCAUAUUCUGUAAUUUACAUGGAAUUUUAAACUUUUCACCUGCACUUAUCUGCAAUCGCAUUCGGGGCUUGUCUCCUAAACAGAAGAAAAUUUGUGCUGAAGCACCUGAUGCCUUUGUUGCAUUGUCGAAUGGACAUCAGUUGGGGGCUUUAGAGUGUCAGCAUCAGUUUGCAGGUCACAGAUGGAAUUGCUCUGAAGUAUGGCUGAAAGAUAUCUUCGGACAUGUGAUAUCGGUAGGCUCACGUGAGGCUGCAUUUACAUAUGCUAUAGCAAAUGCUGGCGUCGUUUACGCAAUUGCCGCAGCAUGUAGUCGCGGAAAUAUCUCAAUAUGCGGUUGUGAUCAGUAUUAUAGGCACCAAAUUGCUUAUCAGGAUGAAUAUUCUCAGCCAUGGAAAUGGGGAGGAUGCUCAGUUGACAUUGAUUUUGGUAUAAGAUUUGCACGAAAGUUUCUUGAUGCACGCGAAAUUGAGGCUGAUGCUCGUAGCGAGAUGAAUUUACACAACAAUCAAGUUGGACGAAAGAUUGUAAGAAAAUUAUUAAAGAAAGACUGCUUAUGUCACGGAAUCUCUGGAAGUUGUUCGCUGAGAACAUGCUGGAAAACAUUGCCACAAUUUCGUGAAGUCGGUGAUACGCUCAAAAUGAAAUACAAAAAGGCUAAAAUGGUUGUGGCACAAAAUACUGAAACGGGAGUUAAUUUAGUCAUUAAAAGAGGUAAAUUAGAUAAAAAACCUGUGAGACCAAAGAAUAUGGAUUUAAUUUAUUUAGAAUCAUCACCUACGUACUGUGAAAAGGAUAUUUAUCUUGGAUCAUCAGGCACACAUGGACGUAAAUGUAACAGAGCAUCAAAGGACACAGACAGCUGUGCAACAUUAUGCUGUGGUCGUGGUUAUGUGACAAAAUUAUUUCAUCGAACAUGGCAAUGCAAUUGCAAAUUUAUAUGGGACAUUAUGAAUGUUAAAUGCGAUAUUUGUAACGAACGUACUGAAGAAUAUUUUUGUAAAUAAUUUAUAAUUAAUAAGAAUAUUGUGAGAUACGAAAGGAUAUAAAUAAGUAGAUAAUAAGUUAUUUUGGAAAUAUUUAUGAAAGUAGAAUUUUAAGAUUAAGAUAACAUUUAUAACAUAUUAAGAUUAAUUUAUAAGAUAAAUGUCCACAUUAAUCUAGUAAUGUAGAGGCAAUUAAAUUGUCUGUGGAUAAGUGAUAAGUCGGAUGUAUCAUAAUUAAAAAUUGUAUUCCUUUAAAAAAUCACAUUUCCGAUAUUUGUUUAAUAAUAAAGUAAUUAAGAUUGAGUUAAGAAUUAAAUUCAGUAAUUUUUGAACCUAGUUGUACUUAUUUUUAAUAAAAUAAGAAACUUGUAAAAAGAA